UAGAAGAAUAAUUCAUCAGUUAGAAAAUAUGAAAAAAAUACUAUUUCAAAAUUAGAGCAGGUGAAUACCAAUAACGCACUGGCAGGAAUAAUUUCAAUGUAAGAUGUUCAAAGUUCAAAUGGUAAAAUUUAUUUAUUUUUAACUUCUCCUCCCCCCCCCCUUAAACAAUCAUCUCCAUGUGCAUUCAUCUUCAGUUCAGUUAAAGGGAAUUAACUUUAGGAUUAAUAUCUACGCGAAGAUGGCCGAUAAUGCGCAACGCGAAUCCUCUGAUAAAGAAGAUUUUUUACCGGGUUACAAAGAUGUUGGUUCGUUUACCCAAUUUUGUUUCGGGAAAUUUGUGAAGGCGACACAAAUGGCUCAUCGAUUACCAAAUCCAGGCAACGACUAUGAGUUUUACAGCAGUUUUCCAGAGUUUCGCGAGUUUUGCUCCAUGGAAGGCGAGAAAGUGCUGAAAAAUGCUGGUAAAAUGUUGAAAUAUCAAGGCAUUAAUCGCGCUUGGACUUCAGCUAAUGGUAUGGAUUUAGAUGACAUAUUUGAAUCUGUUGUUGACUCUAAUGACAUCAUGCUUGAACGCAUUGACUUGUUUGUGGAUGAGGCAAAUGGCUUAAGUAAAAAUAAGAGGCCAGUUCUGCCAAAGUUCAUGGAACCUGGGCUACCAGUUAUGUCAAGCUGGAACAAAGCUAACGUACAAGACCAGAAUGCCAAAGUGCGUUUUCUCUAUGCCAAGAACAUACUGCGUCCUCAGUUGAAAUUUAAAGAAAAGGUGGACAAUAGCAAUUUUCCAUUUGUUCCUAUUAUCAAGGAAAAGCCUAACUCACUGAGAACGUUAGAAUACCAAAAGGAUGAUCUACAAUCAAAUCAAACUGAUAUUCCAGAUGCUUUGGAUAACUUCAUCCACAAGCAACGCUUUGGAAUGUCAAAUACUUUGAAUGAACAUCCAUAUAAGUUUGAAUUAGAGCAGUUUGAGCCUGAUGUUGAUGAUGUGAAAUCAGUUGAGGUUAUUAUGUAUAAACCACUCAAGGAUACAGAGCUUAUUUUUGUCAAUACUAUCGAGACAUUGAAGAUGUUGGUUGAAACUUUGAAGAGCGUUUCUAUGUUUGCUGUAGAUAUGGAAGCACAUUCAUUUAGAUCUUUCCAAGGAAUUACAUGUCUUAUGCAAAUAUCAACUAAUGAGCAAGAUUAUCUUGUUGACACGCUGGAAUUACGCAGUGAACUUUAUUGUCUUAAUGUUGUCUUCACCGAUCCUCAGAUCUUAAAGGUGAUGCAUGGAGCUGAUAUGGAUAUUGGAUGGCUUCAAAGGGAUUUUGGGAUUUAUGUUGUGAACAUGUUCGAUACUGGCCAAGCCACCAGAGUUCUUGAGUAUCCUCGUUUCUCCCUUGCAUAUCUCCUUAAGAAAUUUUGUGAUGUGACAGCCAACAAACAGUUCCAACUUGCUGAUUGGAGAAUACGACCACUGCCUACUGAGCUUGAGCUAUAUGCCAGAGAGGAUACCCACUAUCUUUUGUACAUUUAUCAGCAGCUUCGAAAUGAACUUGUUGCCAAGGGAAACAUAAACAAUAACCUCCUAGAGUCAGUGUAUAAAAGAAGCAAGCUUAUUUGCUUGAAGGUUUAUGAAAAACCAAUGUUCACAAACAAGUCAUAUUUAGGUUUAUAUCAUAAACAUAAGAAAGCAUUCAACUCAAACCAAUUGGAAGCAUUUCGUCUGUUAUAUGCAUGGCGUGACAGCGUGGCACGUGUUGAAGACGAAAGUUGUGCAUAUGUUCUGCCAAACCACAUGCUAUUUGGCCUUGCAGAAACUUUGCCUAAAGAACCACAAGGAAUUAUUGCCUGUUGUAAUCCUGUACCAAGCUUAGUAAGACAGAAUAUAAAUGAGCUUCAUCGACUUAUUAGUCAAGCUCGAGAAAGUAAACCUUCUCUGGAACCUCCAGUUGAUGAAAAUUUAAGGUCUUUUGCUUAUGAUGAAGCAUCUAGUAACUUAACGCAAGUCAAUGAAGAUUCUUUACUGGUGAAGGAGAAAGUGCAAGUACAAGAUCAAAACAUUAAACAAGACCCAAGUGUGCCUUUUAAGGAUUAUCCAAUCACUGGUCCGAGUAUUGAUCUAUCACAACCUAUGAUUACCUUGUUUAUUGCCAACGAAACGGAAGAAUACAGUCAGGGUGAAAUCAUGGCCAAAAAAAUCAAGGAUUCAUUUCAGAAUCCCUUUCUAAAAUUCCUUCCACCAAAGAAAUUAAAUGAAAUUACUCGUGGAAACAACUCUGAAGUCACAAGUGUACUUGAUACUAAAAUUGGUGAUUCAGAUGAGGACGUUGUCGAAAUUAGCCAUCGGUAUACUGACAAAAAAGAACGCUAUACAAAGAUGACAGAAGUACGCGGCCACUCGAAAAAAAACAAAAAGCGAAAAUCGGAAAACUUAGAGGAAUACAAUCCGACGUUGCGAGUUAAAAAACAGAAGAAAAAAUCGAAGAAAAAGUCCAAAAGGAACAACAAUACAGAAUUACCAAAAGAAGACGCCUCGUCUAACAUACAGCCUUUCGAUUAUAAAAACGCACAAAUUGACUUUGCUAAUGAAGGAAAUGUACGAAGUUUGAACGAGAAAAUAUUCAAUCCAUAUCAGAAAUUGGGCGAGAAAGGGAAGAAGUUUGCCUCUAAAGUAUUCAUGAAAUCAGGAGAACGUUCCAUGACUUUUAGUAAUAAAAAGUGAUUUUUUCAAAUCUAAAUGAUUAACCAUUGCUAUGGUGAAGUGAACGAAGACGUUGUGUAUAAGGUUAUGGUAGUCGAUAAAAAUCCAUGGUAAAGUUUGAUUUUUUUAACUAAAUAAAAAAAGCAACCAAUUUUAGAGAUGGUGUUAAAAA